UGAGAAAUGGGCGCGGAAGGUAUGGAGCCCGCAGUCUUUGAGCAUCUCAUGCCUUUUGAGUUCCUCUGCUUCUCUUUUCCCAACCCUCUACCUUCUCCAGAAAACCCUUACUCCGAAACCCUCCGAGUUGCCGUCGCUGAUGCUCCGUCUUCCCCGUCUAAAACAUCCCCGCCGGCGAUCGCCGCCGUGCUUGUCCCUAACCGCCGUGAAGACGAUUGGGUAUUCUCCACCGCCGCCGGACAUUUCCAGCUCCUCCUCUUCUUGUCCUCUCCCAAUCUUUCAAUCUCUCGGCUCGUCCUUAUUGGCAACCUCCCGUCCUGUUCGUCUUCCUUGCCGCGGCCCUAUUCUCGUUCCCAGUCAGACGGCGAAGGUGCGUCACUGGAUUGCUUCCAGGAGAGCUUAAUGCCUCUACUGUAUGCGCUGUGCCCUAAAGCUGCGUUUGUGAAUGGCAUGCCAUCGAUUCCCUUUCUCGUUUAUGAGGACGGCGUAAUUCGCUGUAAUCCUGUUGAGAAGGUCGUCGGACACAGAGCCGGAGAGAUGCUGGUGGAGGACGUGGAGAUUGAAGUAUCGCCUGAGUUACGGGAGCUCCGUCGCCGGUUGCGGUUCAAGAAGAUGCCCAAUCUCAUUCAAACACAGGUACGGCUACUUCCCGAUUCGGUUGAUGUUGAAGUCUUUCGGCCGGAGAUGGGUUCGUUAGUGCAACCCUAUCUUGGGCCCAUGGUUUCUGCGCUUUUCUUGAAUGGUCUUGCUAUCGAUGAGGGUUUCCGGUCUGGCAAUGUGCCAUUUGUUCUCUGUGUUGGGGUUGGCGGAGGGCCGCUGGUUACAGCUCUGAGAUGGCGUUUUGGGUUUCGUGUAUUGGGGGUGGAGGCCGAUGAAGAGGUUUUGAGCGUUGCAAGGAGGCAUUUUGGACUGUUUGAAGACGAAUUCCUAAAGGUAUUUGUUGACGAUGGAAUCAGAUUGAUUGAGGAUUAUGCCCUGGAACGAUCGGAGAGUAAACUUUUUCAUGCCAUCAUGGUGGAUUUAGAUGAAGAAGAUCCCAUGAAUGGUAUUGGCGCGCCACCAGCGAAGUUUUUACGGAGGAAUGUUCUUGCUGGGGCGAGAAUGGCUCUUCAUUCAAAGGGAAUUCUGGUAGUGAAUGUUAUUCCUUCGGAUGAAUCACUAUAUGCAAUGAUGAUUAAGCUUCUUCGCAAAUUUUUCUGUGAAUUGUAUGAACUAAAAGUAGAAGAUGGUGAGAAUUUUGUUAUCAUUGCAACAGCUUCUCCCAUUGGAUCCGAUUUGAAGAAUAUGAAGAAGCAGGGUGGUAUUUUUGAGAAGUUGAAGAAAUUAGGCUGUGAGAGUUUUAUAGCUGGUAUCAAGAAGAUUUGAGGUUUGAUUAUAAAGCUAAAGUAAUGGAUAAACUUAUUAUUUCAGCAAAGAUUUGCCACUCAUUGCUGUAUUAUUAUCCAGCGUGGUUUCAUUUUUUUCUCAGAAAGG